AGUUUCAGAGAGUCUUUCAGAAUUUACUCCAAUUCUUCCAUCGAGUUACUCAUGAGCUCGUAAACAAAGUGGCAGUAAAUCUCCGUUUUCAUUCUUUUGCAAAUUUUCCGAGGCUACGCAGGAGACAUGCCGGGAAGACGUCGAAUGAGCAAGAAACGUGAGAGCAUCGAACUAGCCUCGUUAGCUCCUGGGACUCGUGUUAUGUUCCUCUUGAAAGAGAAGGAUGACAUGCCAGCGUUGUUCACCGAAAUGGGCGAACUCGGCAGCAAUGAAUGGAGAGAGACUGCCAGAUGGGUGAAGUUCGAAGAGGACGUCGAACAAGGUGGAAAUCGCUGGUCAAAACCCCAUGUUGCCACAUUAUCUCUACAUUCACUGUUUCAACUGAGAAGCUGCUUGCUUAAUGGCCUUUUUCUCAACGAUUUACCAUGUACGGAUCUACCAGCAAUUAUCGAGGCUUUGAUAAGCGAGUUUGUAAAGGAAGGUGAUGUGGAGGAGGACAUGCGAGAUGAGCUUCGUGAAAUUCUCAAUCGAAAACAUGUGCAUCAAUAUGAGCAGGCGAAAAAGAAUGGUCCAAAUGGUGACAAGAGCGGUUUCUUGAGCACAGUCCGUUCAAUAUCAGACAUCGGCAAAUCGUUUUCUCACGGGAAAAACCUGGCCAAAUUGGACAAAGAGCAAGCACCUGUCGGCCCACAGUUAGAACUACCGAAGGUGGAUUCUAUGCCCAGAGAUAUGAGCAAAGAUGGUUCAAUUGCGGACAUUAGCAAAGGCAACACCCACUUCCUGAAGAAACUUCCGCAUGGCGUUGAAGCCAGCAAUGUGCUUAUCGGAGAAGUAGACUUUCUACAGCGUCACAUUUGCGCUUUCGUACGUUUGAAAAGUGCAAAUGUUCUUGGAGACCUCACUGAGGUUCCCGUACCCACCAGGUUCAUCUUCCUCAUGCUUGGUCCCACAGGCCAUGGAGCGCAGUACAAGGAAAUUGGUCGGGCUAUCGCUACGCUUAUGGCUGACGAGAUUUUCCACGAUGUUGCCUAUAAAGCACGUAAUAAAGAAGAUUUACUUGACGGCGUGGACGAAUUUCUAGACCAGGUCACCGUACUGCCUCCUGGUGAAUGGGACCCCACUAUCCGUAUUGAACCUCCUAACCAAAUUCCCUCUCAAGAAAAAAGAAAGCAGGUCGGGCAAGAGUUCUUGUUAGAAAAUGUGGAACUUUGUAAAGGCAAACAUGUUGGAAAAGAGGAGCUGGAAGAAGAAGAAGGACAUGGUGCUGAUCCUGCCUUAAAAAGAACUGGCCGCUUGUUUGGUGGCUUGAUACUCGAUAUCAAGAGGAAGGCGCCGCAUUUCCUAAGCGAUUUUACUGAUGCUCUGAAUCUGCAAUGUUUGGCCACAACUUGCUUCAUGUACUUUGCUCUUUUGGCUCCCAUUGUCACAUUUGGAGGUCUGCUUGAGGAAGCAACGCAUCAGCGGAUGGCUGCCAUGGAAAACCUUCUUGGAGGAGCCAUUUGUGGAGUAGUAUAUCACCUCUUUUCUGGGCAGCCGCUCACGAUCAUAGGUUCUACUGGACCAGUGUUGGUAUUUGAAACGAUUGUAUUCGACUUCUGCUUGCGACUAGGAAUCAAAUACUUGAGUUUUCGUUUCUGGGUCCAUGUGUGGACUGGGUUUAUUAUAUUUGUAAUGUGCAUAACGGAUGCUAGCUCGUUGGUGUCCUACAUUACACGCUUCACUGAAGAAUCUUUUGCAACUCUUAUCGCUGUUAUUUUCAUCUACGAAGCCAUUAUGAAGCUUUGGAAGAUCAAAACUCAGCUGGAUGUCAUAAACUAUAGCCGUGACGUGGUAGAAGGAACGUGCUUUUGCCAGGCACCUACUGGUAAACCGUUGGUAACCUUCGAGAAAGCUGGCGAGUUCAUAGUGAGAAAUGGUCUUUCGAUUCCCCACAACACGACCUACGUCGACUACGCUGCGGCUUCUUUGGAAAACUGCAGGCAUGUUGGCGGUACUUAUGGCGGUACAUCGUGCUAUCCACUCUAUGAUAAGAUGCUCAUGUCCAUCUUGUUGACAAUCGGUACUUUCUUCUUGGCCAUCACUUUCAAGAGAAUGCGCAACUCAUGUUACUUUCCCUCUCGGAUACGACAGAUAUUCAGCGAUUUUGCUGUAAUGAUAUCCAUAGCAAUCAUGACCUCUAUUGACAUGGCCGUAGGCAUAAAUACUCCUAAGCUGCAUGUGCCGAGUUCUUUCCGUCCCACUUGGGAUGGUCGUGGCUGGAUCAUCCCGCCAUUUGAUGGCAAUCCAUUUUGGACUGUUCCUCUAGCUUUUAUACCGGCAUUGUUGGCCUGUAUCUUGAUAUUCAUGGACCAGCAAAUUACAACUGUAAUCGUAAAUAGGAAAGAGAAUAAGCUGAAGAAGGGAUGUGGAUACCAUUUGGAUCUUUUGGUAUUGGGUAUUCUCAUAGUGAUUGUUGGUUUCCUCGGGCUUCCCAUAUACGUUGCUGCUACCGUACUUUCAAUCAACCACAUCAACUCCUUGAAAGUCGAAAGCGAAUGCAAAGCUCCAGGAGAAGUAGCGCAGUUUGUCGGAGUUCGCGAACAACGUGUCACUGGUAUUAUCACAUUUCUCUUGAUUGGUCUAUCAGUGUUCAUGACUACGUUGUUGGGUCACAUCCCUAUGCCUGUGCUCUACGGAGUGUUUCUCUAUAUGGGCAUUUCUGCACUCGGUGGCAUUCAGCUCUUUGAUCGUAUCCUGCUGCUGCUAAUGCCAAUGAAGUACCAGCCUGACACCAUCUACAUCCGACACGUUCCCAUAAAAAAGAUUCACCUGUUCACAGCUUUCCAAGUGGGAUGUCUAGCAGUUUUGUGGACCGUCAAAUCAAUCAAGUCGACGUCAAUCUCAUUCCCAAUAAUGUUAGUGGUGAUGGUUGCCGUGCGCAAGUUGAUGGAAAAAUUUUUUACCAAAACGGACUUGAAAUACCUGGAUGAUCCAAUGCCAGACUUCCAUCUGAGAAAGAAAGAGGAUCUAAAGAGAAGACAGAGCGAAGGAGAGCCAGUGGACAUCGAGAUAGAAGAAAAUCAAGCCACUAUCCAUGCUGUAAAAACUGAAGCUCAUCUGCAUAUUCCAAUGGCUAGCGGAAAUGUCAUCAAAAUUCCACUCGCAGCCAUUCAGGAACCUAGCCAUUCAAUCAACAUGACCAAAGAAGUGAACAGCAGUGGAAUGUGGAAACAUAUAAGUUCGUGCGACUCCAAAAACUCUCUCAACAAAGACAUGCCGAAAAGCCUCCAAAACGAUGCCCCAUUGGAGACUCCCGAGGAAGACGAAGACGCAAUCAUGAUUAAAGUCAUUCGUCCGUCUCCGCAUGGAUCGUCUACAAAUCUCUCUGAAAGUCAACCUCUUCUCAAAGGCAAGGAUGACGACAAAACUCCUCCAGUUUAGGCUAUGAUCAGUAGAUUGACUAAUUAAGGAUCCUUUAUUUAGCACCAGUUCACGUUGUUUGUUUGCCUUACUUGUUUACUACUUUCAUUGACGUGGGAGCAUCUGAGUCGCGUUGCGAGUUAUAUGCAAGUUAUUAUUAUAGCACGCAGACAGGUAGAAGACAACUAUUUCGCCGAAAGGGGAGAUUCCGUGCCGACAUUUGCAGUAACCGCGCACCUCUAGUCAUCACUCGUAGCUGUAGCUUAUGGCAGCUGUCGGCAAAAU